AUGAGCCCGCUCACUGCCGGCAGUAAAAGGCGCUUGGACUCUACGGCCCGUUUGUUGGACCUUCGGGAACUGAUGAAGGCGGAGCCCGACGGUGGAUUAGACUACUACAUUGUUCCUAGUGAAGAUGCUCAUCAAUCUGAGUAUACCGCACCAUCUGAUCGUCGGAGGGAGUGGAUCUCAGGGUUCACCGGGUCUGCUGGUACCUGUAUCGUCUCUCGCAGCGAAGCUCAUGCCUUCACGGACUCUCGUUAUUUCAUCCAAGCAUCUCAAGAGCUCGACAAGAACUGGACUCUUCACAAAGUUGGACUCCCUGGUGUUAAGCCGUGGCAAGAAUGGAUCAAAGACCGUCCUCGAGGCAGUCGCAUCGGCAUCGAUUCGCGGCUUAUCUCUCACGAGGCGGCCACCGCUUUGGCCAGCGCGUUGAAUGCCCGGUAUUCUAAGCUAGUUUUUCCUCGCGUCAACUUAGUGGACAAGUUAUGGAAGACGAGACCACCCAAGCCACAAGGUCAGGUGUUCACCCUUGACCGAAAAUUCGCAGGCAAAACCGCUAGCGAAAAGAUUGAUGAAGUGCGGACAUGGAUCAAAUCGCAGCGGCCACCGCAGCCGCCAGUUAUCGCCAAAAGCGCUGCGCCAACAACACCUAAUGCGAAAUCACCUCCGAAGCAACCGAUGAACCCUGUGGCUGCGUUCCUGUCCAAUCUCUCGUGCAUUGCAUGGCUGCUGAACAUCCGCGGCCACGAUAUCGAGUUCAAUCCUGUCGUGAUGUCCUAUCUUUUCAUCACUACCAAGCAGUCCUUCCUCUUUGUUGACAAGGCAAAGCUUUCCUCCGAAGUUCAGGCCUAUCUCAAAGAGCAGGGUGUAUCCGUUCGUGAAUACGCCGACGUUUGGUCCUUCUUACGUCGCGCGGAAUGGGGUGAUGGGAAAGUUCUUAUCGAUCCUAAGACGCCAUAUGCCGUAUCGUUGAUGCUUACGUCGGCGCGGUACAAGAUCACUCCUUCAUUCGUGGAGGAACGGAAAGCUAUCAAGAACAAAACCGAGCUUCAAGGUAUGAGAAAUGCCUAUAUCCGUGACGGCGCCGCGAUGGUUCGCUGGUUCGCAUGGCUUGAUGAACAGAUCAAAGGCGGUGCAAAGCUCACCGAGUGGGAGGCUGCCGAGGAACUUACCAAGUUCCGCCAAGAAAGUGCCAACUACUGGGGUCUUGCAUAUGAGAAUAUCUCUGCUUCUGGACCCAACGCAGCACUGCCUCAUUACCGCACCACUGAGGAGGACGCUGCGUUCAUUGACCCUACCCUGCCCUACCUCAAUGAUUCUGGUGGCCAGUAUUUCGACGGAACGUGCGACACUACACGAACUGUUCACUUCGGGUUCCCUACGAGUGAGCAGAUGGAAGCGUACACGCGAGUUCUUCAGGGCCAUAUUGCAAUCAAUCAGGCAAUCUUUCCUGAAGGGACCACUGGUGCACAGUUGGAUGUCCUUGCUCGAAAGGCGUUGUGGAAGGAUGGGUUACACGGUACCGGACAUGGCAUUGGUUCGUUUUUGAAUGUCCACGAGGGUCCCAUUGGGUUCAGCAGCCAGAUACCGCUCGUCCCUGGACAUGUGAUUUCCAAUGAGCCCGGCUUCUACAAAGAAGGCGAGUUUGGUAUCAGAAUUGAGUCGGCCUUAACGGUUACCAAAGUCACGACCAAGGGGCAAUUCGGCGGAGACGUCUGGCUCGGGUUUGAGAGGCUGACUCAUGUCCCAAUACAGACUAAAAUGGUAAAAAUGGACCUUUUGACGAAAGAGGAAAAAGCGUGGUUGAAGGAUCACAACGCACAGUGCAGGGCGAGAUUAGCCCCUCUGCUCGGAGAUGAUAAGCGUGCACUGCGGUGGAUCCGGCGGGAGUGCACCAAGUCCGGUCCAUCAUCGGCAGGAGGCAUGACGCUCGAUUGGGAUUAA